AUGCCACCUUUCACCAGUGGAAACAGUAACUUCCCCCCCAACCGCCCAGGGAAGUGGCACAGGAAGCCCACUGAGAGGGGGUGGAGUCUGGGAGGAGCUGGCUGUGUCAUGGCCUGGAGGAUUCCUGGUGGGGGGCCACAACCUACUGGGGCAGGACCAGUGGACCAGGGGUCCCUACUGGAAACAUCCAGGAGUGAGAUUCCUGUGUAAACAACAGGAUGGAGCAGACACAAGGCUGGUGGGCUUUGUUGUGUUAUUAGCCCCGUGCUAGCUCUUUGCAAACAGUUUCAAUGUGAAAUACGGUACACCUGAAGCAGUUGAAGUGUUAGCCCUGUGCUAGCUCUUUGCUGACAGUUUCAGUGUGGUCCUCUGUAGCUCAGCUGGUAGAGCACGGCGCUUGUAACGCCAAGGUAGUGGGUUCGAUCCCCGGGACCACCCAUUCACAAAAAGAAAUUUAUGCACACACGACUGUAAGUCGCUUUGGAUAAAAGCGUCUGCUAAAUGGCAUAUUAUAUUAUUAUUAUUAUAAACCUGUAGCUCUAACAGUGUUAGUGGUGUUAGCUGUCAUAGCUGUGCCAUCUGGUGAUGAAUAUCUCUGGUUGCCUCUGUCUCCAUGUGACUCAUACAAUGGUGGCCCUCCAGGAAGCUGUAUCGUAACAGAGCUGUCGUUGCAGGUAGACUAUUUGCUUGUGUUAGUGUGUUCAAGAGGCCCAGGGCUGUAGUAUCAGAGGCCCUGGACCCUUUACAGACCUCCAACUGAACCAGCCAUUCACUCCAGCUUUACUCCCACAGAGAUAGGAGAGAUGGGGAGAGGUAGAAAGAGAGAUCAUAACAAAUCAAAUUUUAUUUGUCACAUGCACCGAAUACAACAGGUGUAGACCUUACCGUGAAAUGCUUACUUACAAGCCCUUAACCAACAAUGCAGUACAAUAAAUAGUUACGAAAAUAUUUACUAAAUAAACUAAAGUUUAAAAAAAGAAGAAAAAAUUAACAGAAUAAAAUAACAAUAAUGAGGCUAUAUACAGGGGGUAUGGUACCGAGUCAAUGUGCGGGGGUACAGGUUAGUCGAGGUAAUUUGUACAUAGUUUUUGUAGGUAGGGGUAACGUGAGUAUGCAUAGAUAAUAAACAGCGAGUAGCAGCAGUGUAAAAACAAGGUGGGGGGGGCGGUCAAUGUAAAUAGUCCGGGUGGCAAUUUGAUUAAUUGUUCAGCAGUCUUAUGGCUUGGGGGUAGAAGCUGUUAAGGAGCCUUUUGGACCUAGACUUGGCGCUCCGGUACCGCUUGCCAUGCGGUAGCAGAGAACAGUCUAUGACUUGGGUGACUGAAGUCUUUGACAAUUUUUUGGGCCUUCCGCUGACACCGCCUAGUAUAUAGGUUCUGGAUGGCAGGAAGCUUGGCCCCAGUGAUGUACUGGGCCGUACACACUACCCCCUGUAGCGCCUUACAGUCAGAUGCCGAGCAGUUGCCAUACCAGGCGGUGAUGCAACCAGUCAGGAUGCUCUCGAUGGUGCAGCUGUAGAACUUUUUGAGGAUCUGGGGACCCAUGCCAAAUCUUUUCAGUCUCCUGAGGGGGAAAAGGUGUUGUCGUGCCCUCUUCAUUACUGUCUUGGUGUGUUUGGACCAUGAUAGUUUGUUGGUGAUGUGGACACCAAGGAACUUGAAACUCUCGACCCGCUCUACUACAGGCCCGUCGAUGUUAAUCGGGGCCUGUUCGGCCCUCCUUUUCCUGUAGUCCACGAUCAGCUCCUUUUGCUGGCUUGUGUCUUCGAUGCAGUGCUCUUUGAAGAUGUAUGCGACUGAGCUGAGGACUUGGUCAUGUGUAAUGUCCAUGUAGAACGAAGUUACAUAAAGUGAAAACAAACACAGGGCUAGAGGGAUGGAUCUGAUCUGCCUAUACUCUGGACUUAUCUCACUUCCCAUCUAUAACUCUGGUGUUGGCUCCUGACCCCUUCUCACCUCUCCUCUCUACAGUGACUGAGGCUGGUUUCGGGGCAGACAUCGGGAUGGAGAAGUUCUUCAACAUCAAGUGCAGGGCCUCGGGGCUGAGGCCCAACGUGGUCGUCCUGGUCGCCACGGUCAGAGCAUUGAAAAUGCAUGGAGGCGGUCCCAAUGUGAGUCAACCAUCCGUUCUAUCAGUUGUGUAAAUGUACUUAAGUAAAAAUACUUUAAAGUACUACUUAAGUCUCUUUUGGGGUGUCUGUACUUUACUAUUAUAUUUUUGACAACUUUUACUUUUAAUGAGUCUCCCGGCCGCGACCGGGAGACUCAUGGGCGGCGCACAAUUGGCCCAGCGUCGUCCAGGGUAGGGGAGGGAAUGGCCGGCAGGGAUGUAGCUCAGUUGAUAGAGCAUGGCGUUUGCAACGCCAGGGUUGUGGGUUCGAUUCCCACGGGGGCCAGUAUAAAAAAAAUAUGUAUUCACUAACUGUAAGUCGCUCUGGAUAAGAGCGUCUGCUAACUGACUAAAAUGUAAAAUGUAAAUGUAAUUCACUACAUUCCUAAAGAAAAUAAUGUACUUUUUACUCCAUGUGUUUUCCCUGACACCCAAAAGUAAUUGUUACAUUUGAAUGCUUAGCAGGACAUGAAAAUGGUCCAAUUCAUGCACUUAUCAAGAGUACAGACGGAUCCGGUGGUCUCACUAAACACUGAUGCUUCAUUUGUAAAUUAUGUCUGUUGGAGUUAUAUAUUUGCUUAAUAUAAGGAAUUUGAAAUUAUUCAUACUUUUACUUUUACCUUUAAUACUUAAGUAUAUAUUAGCAAUUACAUUUACUUUUUAUACUUAAGUAUAUUUAAAACCACAUACUUUUAGACUUACUCAAGUAGUAUUUUACUGGGUGACUUUUACUUUAGUCAUUUUCUAUUAUGGUAUCUUUACUUUUACUCAAGUAUGACAAUUGAGUACUUUUUCCACCACUGCGUUCUAUAAUGCUAAUCUAGCAAGAGCCUGUACUAUACUUUAUUGUUCUCUACUCUACUGUAUAGGACUAACCUUAUAGGAUCUCUGCAAUUCUAAGAUACAGCGGUUACCAUGUACCCAUAUCAGGAAAUGGCCCACUGUUGUAAAUGUCUAAGGACGAGAAAUUCUGUGAUUGUAGUGCUCUGGCUUAUGUUUUCAUGCCAUAUCCAUAAACUCAGAUUUGCGUGCUGCAUACCUCUCUGGAAUAAAUGUUUAUAGCUUGUAUUAGAUAACCCUAGUCCAAUAAUUGCUUAUCUGCACUAGCACCUGGACCGUUCAUAUCAGUUUCCUGGUAUUUACUGUACCCGAGUUGACCAUAAUACGCAAAACUGACUGAAAUACAGAAUAUGAUGAUGUUGAUAUAUUGCAUGUUUGAAUGUGUGCUAAUAUUACUGUGUUCCUGCAGGUCUCAGCUGGCUCACCUCUACCAAGAGAGUACAUAGACGAGGUAAGAGAUUGGAGAGAGAGCGCUUUACUUGGUUUAAAACAGCGUAGUACAACUUUUUUGUUGUCAGUGGCAAUGCGAGCUUAUUAAGAGUUGACUCUUGUUCCCCCAGUUCAAAAGAGGUACCAGUGAAAAAGUAUGAACCAAAGUCAGCAGAAAGCCUGAAAGAGCUGGGAGUUGAGCCUAAUGUCCUCCUGACCAACAUUUGAUUAGCAUGUCUCCCAUUGGUUCCCUGACCUGAUGAUGAUGAUGCAGGGAUAGAAAUUGAUAAGGGAAAUGAAAUAAACUUACCAGUGGCUUUAUUGAGAGGAGGGGGGUGGAGGGUAGGGGGGGGUUGUGGUUAGAUCUAAUCACUGGGUUAUGAUCAUCAACAUAACCUGAUUUGUCUAUAAGGUCAGGAUAGCCUUGGUACUAUUAGAUCCAGUUAGGAAGUCAUUUGCUCAUGUAAGACCUAUUACCAUGUUGUGCAAGACAACAUUUCCUUUCACAUGCAGCACCACAAUCAACCAAUCAAGCCAUGUUUGUUUGUUUGUGGGCUUGAUAAAAUGGAAGGCCAUACAUAAUCUUGUCCAUAGGUGGCAACGUUGCGCCCUGUUAACAUCACAGGCGUGGACUUCAGGAAGGGGGUGUAUAAGGGGUAUUUAAAUCCAGGCCUCGAUGUCCUCCAUACUGCCAGUUCGCAUACAGUACUUCCCCUCUAAUAAGAUUUAGAUCUGGGACACUAGUGACAAGUGAGUGGAAUAGCAUUCAAUUAAUCAAUCAGCCAGCAGUACGGUGGAAUUUACCACCUGGAUAUGAAUACCUCUGGUAAUACGGUACACACCCUAUAGCCAGACAGAUUCUGUACAGUCAGAUGAGGUUUAAGGUUUUAGGGGACGAUGCAAUGUCACACUAUACACAUGGGUAGGAGGGAAGAGGAGAACGGUGGAAGGACUAAAGAGUAUCUGACAUGAACAAGUUCUGCCCCAGCUUCCAGCCAUCCCCUUCGGUCCUCAUUCCUCUUUCCAUUCCCCACAUACAGACAUGCAUAUCUCGCUCUCUUGCUCUCUCUCUCUCUCUAUCUCUCUCAAACAUGAUUUGAGGUAAUUAUUUGAUUAGCAGGGCAAAUAGACCCUUGGCUUGGGUCUCCAGUCAGGGAGGGGGCUUAGUAGAGAUGGAGGUUGGGGGUCUGUAUGUUCAAACCCCAUGCCUGGUUUAAAUCACUGCUCUCUCAGGAGGCUCUUCAGCUGAGCAAAUAAUGAAGGGGUGUCAGCUAAGUUAAUUGUGAGGGCUGUAACGAGAAGCAGAAGGCCUUGAGAGAGAAGAGCCAGGCACAGAGCCAGGCACAGAGCCAGCCACAGCAGAGUAACGUUAGGGCCUGUCCUGGAGACAACUAAGGACUGGGCUCAGGAUAGGCCAGUCAGUGGAUCCUGGAAUAUGACAAUUUUGGUGCUAAACAGACAGGGUUUUAUUAUCUCUGGGAGUAUUGCCUGCCACGCCUAGGCACGCACACAAGCCCACCCACCCACCCACACACUGUCAAAACAUCCUGUGUGUUCUUCAUAUGGGAUGUCAUAUAGGGGAUUGUUCCUUCCCCAGAAAGUGUCAAUGUUGCUGUUAAACAGGAUUUGAACUCCUUAGUGAGUAUUGCCUCGUCUCACCCCCCAAAGUCUGAACCAUUGGAGCGAGUCAUUGUUGCUCUAGGCGACUGAACUACCAGAGGGGACUGUAGCAGAGUGGGGUAGAUUGGAUACACUAGAGCCAAUAGUUCCAACUCUCCUGACUCUGUAAAAGACCUGGCUCAUACAAUGCAAUUAUAGCAUUCUCUAUCUACGCCCACUCCUCUCUCCCACUCUCCCUUUUUAUCUCUUCUCUCGCUCGCUCUCUUGCUCUCUUUCGCUCUUUCUGUCUUUCUCACAAGCACACACACACUGUGUCAUAUGAGCGAGAACUCCUGAGUCAUUGACCGAGCUUCUCAAAACCGGUGAUAUCCUGUUUUGGUAGUUAGCGUUUGAUAUUCCCCUUGUUGAAAUGAUACAGAUGAAUACCUGCCCCUCUCUGUGCCUCACAUCCAACACCACUGCACUUCAGACCUGGAUGAGUUUCACAUUGAGUUUGACUAUGUUUCCAUUAGAUUGGAAUGAAUCUCUCGCUCACUCUCCCUCCCUCUCUCUCUCUGUCCCUUUGUAUUCUAGAACAUGAGUCUGGUGGCGGAGGGCUGCAGCAGUAACCUGAGGAAACAGAUCCAGAUAGCCCACCUGUUUGGAGUCCCUGUGGUCGUGGCUCUCAACGUCUUCAAGUAAGACUUCCAGUCUGUUUCAGUCUGAGCAGCUGGACUGGGCCUCUCCCUCUGUCUCUCAGACCCCGUAUUGUGUAUAGGCAUGUAAUGCAGACAUUAACACAUUCACAGACUUAUGCAACACAACAUGCAUGGCUUUAGAAUCCUUAUACGCAAACCAUAUGAGGGUCAGUGACACACAGGUUUGCGUUUUCCGUCAGGUCUGCAGGGUGGUCACUAGCUGGCACAGCCACAAAGUCAUAACAUCUGAUUUUAAACCUAACCCAAACCUUAACGGCAGUUUUUUGCAAUAUAGUCAAUUUUGAUUUUGCAGCUGGCCCAUCUAAAAGAAAAUCGCUCAGUUCUGCCUCCAGGACAAGACUCAUGAAAAUACACGUCAACCUGCCAGGGACACACACACAUUUGUUUUACUAUCCUUGUGGGUACCAAACAAUUGAUUCCCAUUCCAAAUCAUAUUUUCCCUAACACCUAACCAUAACCUUAAAGGGAUGCUUUUGGAUUAUGUCUCUGUCCAUUAUGAAGGAAGGUAGUUUCGCGAGCCAAUGCUAACUAGCGUUAGCACAAUAACUGGAAGUCUAUGUGUAAUCCCUAAAUAUCCCUAACGGCUAAUUCUAACCCUAAACCUAACCCCUAAGCCUAAAAUAGCUUUAUUCCAUUGUGGGAAAUUGCAAAAUGUCCCCACUUGUCCAAUUUUGUUUUUCCUUGUUUCACUAUCCUUGUGAGGACUUCUGGUCCCCACAAGGAUAGUAAAACCAAAAACACACACACACACACGUAUGUGUGCGUGCGUGCGUGCGUGCGUGCAUGCGUGCAUGUAUGUAUGCAUGUAUGCACACACAGACACACACACACACACACAGCAAGUGGCCCGUGUCAUGUCUGGUGUAGUUGAGGUCCGUGGUUAGAGGACUUGGUGUGUUUGACAUAGCGUUAGUCUGUCAGUGUGACUGAGGUGUUUACACAGAAACUGUGGCGUGUCAGAAGCUAUUAGAAUGUAGCUUUGGCCUUCAGGCCUCAUUUAGACUAAAUGGGCUGGUAUUGUUAACCUGAACUUUAGGUUGCCAUCUCAUUUCAAUUUCAAUUGCUCCAAUUUCUAUGGUUGUUUCCCUGGUUUCCUCUAUGGUUACCGUCUCCUUGGCUACUCUACAGGACCGACACCCAGGCGGAGAUCGACCUGGUGUGCCAGAUGGCCAAGGAGUCUGGGGCAUCGGAUGCCGUGCCGUGUCAUCACUGGGCGCGGGGUGGCCGUGGCUCGGUGGAGCUGGCCCAGGCAGUGAAGCAGGCCAGCAGUCAGCCCAGCCACUUCCAGUUCCUCUACAGCCAAGAGGUGAGAGACAGAUACCCCAUUGCACUACUACAUCUAGCCUCUAGUUUACACUUCUAAGCGCUAAUCUGGAAGUAUUGGAAAGGAAGUAGGCUAAAUAGAUGGACUUGUCAAGUUUCUGCAGACCCUUCUGGCUUGUAAUGCAAGAAGGUGCAGGAAUUUGGUUGCCAUGUCCAGUCAUUAUAAAAUGUCCCGACUUAACAUAAUUUAUUUAUCCACAACACUUAUCUGACACUGUGCUUUUGUUGAGCCUGUAAGGUGGGGUCAUAUUUAUUUCUCCAACAAUGUUAGCUUUACAGUACAUGGGGAGCUAUGCAGGGUUGUGGUCAAUUUAGUUUUAAUUAUUGAAUUCACUCAUGAAGUGAAGAAUUUACAUUGAAUUCAAUUCUAAUUUCAACAAUCUUCAAAUUAUGGAAUUAGACUGUUUGCACUGUUUGGAUUGGAAUUCAUGCACUUAGUAUAAAGAAAUGUACUGCAGGCCUCCCGAGUGGCGCAGCGUCACUACAGUUGGUCCAGCAUCGUCCGGGUUAGGGGAGGGUUUGGCCGGCCAGGAUGUCCUUGUCCCAUCACGCUCUGGUGACUCCUUUUGUGGGCCGGGUGCCUGCAAGCUGACUUCGGUCGCCAGUUGUACGGCGUUUCCUCCGACACAUUGGUGCGGCUGGCUUCCGGGUUAAGCGAGCAGUGUGUCAAGAAGCAGUGCGUCUUGGUAGGGUCGUGUUUCGGAGGACGAAUGGCUCUCGACCUUCGCCUCUCCCGAGUCCGAACGGGAGUUGCAGCGAUGAGACAAGACUCUAACUACCAAUUGGAUAUCACGAAAUUGGGGAGAAAAAUGAGUUUUAAAAAUAGUAACAAAACAAAAUGUACUGCAGGAUUUGUUUGAAAUCAUUUCAACUUGUAUUUCUAUAUUUCCAGUAUAGCUAGGCUGUCUGAACUGUGAGCGACAUGAUCACCCUGAAACCCUGAGGAAUUAGAAUUUGUGGAAUUGUUGGGGAUAAUAUUGAAUUGGGAAUAUAAUUAUUGGAAUUGAGAGGAAUUUAAUUAUCUCGGAAUUCAGAGAUGGACUGACCUGGAAUUUGAAUUGAAUUAAAUGGAAUUUACAGGGAUUUGGAAUUGAAUUAGUUGAAUUAACCCCAUCUCUAGUUCUAUGUGAAGCUAUGGCAAUGAGACUCACUGCUAGCUUGUUUGUGUGUAAGCACUGGGUGAUGGUUAGUAUUAGCAUGGUGUAGCACUGACCUGUAAUAUUAAUUGUUUGGAGCUUGUUAAACGGCUGUGACACACUGUCAUUCCUCUGAGCCCUGUGAGAAUGUUGUGGUCAGGGCCAGGGGCAUAGGGGCGUGUGCUACUGUAUCCCAUCCAGUUCCUCCCUGUGACCCUAUGAACGACCCCUAUAAAUAAAGCCUGUGGCAUGUGGCGGAGCAGGACCAAGUGGCCUUUCCCCCGACCCAGGGCAAUAUCCCUGCUAUGCCUCACAGAGGAGGUGUGAAGACAAGACUGGCCAAGACUGGGUCUGCUUUGGCCAAACCAUACCAGGUGGUUACUCACGUGAUGACAGGUGCGGACUGGCAAUCUGCCGUUUUGGGCAAAUGCCAGAUGGGCUGCUGCAUUUAUAGCCCAGUGGGCCUGUCUGGCUUGGGUUUUAUGCGCAAAAUGAUAAUUAUCUGGCUAAUAAUGGGGGCCUCAAGGGAAAAAAUGUGCCGGUGUGGGGGUCUCGAGGGGAAAAAAUAGGCUGGUGUGUUAGAAAUGCCAGGGCUGAUUUUCAGGUCCCAGUCCGCCCCUGCUUGAUGAGUAACCUUGCUUGAGACCUGAAGACUUGAGCUCCCCUAGUCAGUCACACAAUCAUGACUGAGGUUCUCACAACUGUACAGUGUGGAAUGUGUUGACCCAAAGUCCCUAAACCAACGGUCCUAGCCUUGUGGCAUGGGGCAUUAUCCUGCUGAAAAAUCUAUUUGCAGAUGGAUACACUGCUGCCAUGAAGGGAUGCACCUGAUUGGCAAUGAUGUUCAGAUAUCCUGUGGCAUUCAAACGUUGCUCCACUUUUAUCAAGGGGCCCAAUGUGUGCCAUGAAAACACACCCAACACCAUCACACCACCACCAGCCUGCAAUGUUGACACCCGGCAUGAUGGAUGCAUGUAAUCAUGUGGUUUUCUCCAUACUCUAGUACUCCCAUCAGUGUGAAACAGCAGGAACCGGAAUUCAUCAGACCAGACAAUGUUUUUCCAAUUCUCCAGUGUCCAGUGUUUUCGUUCCUUAGGCCACUGCAACCACAGUUUCUUGACUUUUGCUGAAGGAUGUGGAAUUCUGUAAGGUCUUUGGCUGCCAUACCCCAUUCAUGCUAAGGUACGACGAGUUGUGCAUUCUUUUCUGGGUCAUUUUUGUACUGGACUGUCAGUUGACUAACUGUAGCCCGUCUGUUGCUCUGCACAAUUUGUGUCACCCUCCUUUGUCCUAUUUCAUCAAUGACCCGUUUUCGACCACUGGCCUGCCGUUUGCUGGAUGUCCUUUGGGUGUUGGACCAUUCUUGAUACACACGGGAAACUGUUGAGUAUGAAAAACCCAGCAGCGUUGCAGUUCUUGACACACUCAAACCGGUGUGCUUAGCACCUACUACCAUACCCCAUUCAAAGGCACUUAAAUAUUUUGUCUUGCCCAUUCACCCUCUGAAUGGCACACAUACACAAUCCAUGUCUCAAUUGUCUCAAGGCUUAAAAAUCCUUCUUUAACCUGUCUCCUCCCCUUCAUCUGCGCUGAUUUGAAGUGGAUUUAACAGGUGAUAUCAAUAAGGGAUCUUAGCAUUCACCUGGUCAGUGUGUCAUGGAAAGAGCAGGUGUUCCUAAUGUUUUGUACACUCAGUGUAUAUUAUAAUAUCGUCUUUAUCUCAAAAUCAUUGUAAUGUGGUUAACCUUAGUUAAAUUAUUCAAAUCUAAAAGAUAAAAUUCAACCAGAGAGCGCCCUUAGAUCAUGGGAAAGGCUGCACUUGACCAUUGGCACUUGAAUCAUUCUCAUUGUGAAUGGCAAGGCCUGCUACGCUAUGAAAUCACACACUAUUGCAGAGACUUUGAUAUUACCGGACGCAAUUGAUAUGGUAAACUAUUUUCGGGGAGGCACAGAAACUCACAUCAAUACCUUUGUCAGAUAACACUGUUAAACGAAGAAUUUACAGUGCCUUCGGAAAGUAUUCAGACUCCUUGACUUAUUCCACAUUUUGUUAUGAUACAGCCUUAUUCUAAAAUGGAUUAAAAAAAUUAUACAUCCUCAUCAAUCUACACACAAUACCCCAUAAUGACAAAGUGAAAACAGUUUUAUUUAAUUUUUUGCAAAUUUAAAAAAAAUUAGUAUUCAGACCCUUUGCUAUGAAACUCGAAAUUGAGCUCAGGUGCAUCCUGUUUCCAUUGAUCAUCCUUGAGAUAAGAUGUUUCUACAACUUGAUUUGAGUCCACCUGUGGUAAAUUCAAUUGAUUGGACAUGAUUUGGAAAGGCACACACCUGUCUAAUUAAGGUCCCACAGUUGACAGUGCAUGUCAGAGCAAAAAUCAACCCAUGAGGUCGAAGGAAUUGUCCGUAGAGCUCGGAGACAGGAUUGUGUCGAGGCACAGAUCUGAGGAAGGGUAGCAAAACAUUUCUGUAGCAUUGAAGGUCCCCAAGAACACAGUGGCCUCCAUCAUUCUUAAAUGGAAGACGUUUGGAACCACCAAGACUCUUCCUAGAGCUGGCUGUCCGGCCAAACUGAGCAAUCAGGGGAGAAAGGCCUUGGUCAGGGAGGUGACCAAGAACCCGAUGGUCACUCUGAAAGCGCUCCAGAGUUCCUCUGUGGAGAUGGGAAAACCUUCCAGAAGGACAACCAUCUCUGCAGCACUCCACCAAUCAGGCCUUUAUGGUAGAGUGGCCAGACGGAAGCCACUCCUCAGUAAAAUACACAUGACAGCCCGCUUGGAGUUUGCCAAAAGGCACCUAAAGACUCUCAGACCAUGAAACCAAGAUUGAACUCUUUGGCCUCAAUGCCAAGCGUUACGUCUGGAGGAAACCUGGCACCAUCCCUACGGUGAAGUAUUGUGGUGGCAGCAUCAUGCUGGGGGGAUGUUUUUCAGCGGCAGGGACUGGGAGACUAGUCAGGAUCGAGGGAAAGAUGAACGGAGCGAAGUACAGAGAGAUCCUUGGUGAAAACCUGUUCCAAAGCUCUCAGGACCUCAGGCUGGGGCGAAGGUUCACCUUCCAACAGGACAACGACCCUAAGCACACAGCUAAGACAACGCAGGAGUGGCUUCGGGACAAGUCUCUGAAUGUCCUUGAGUGGCCCAGCCAGAGCCCGGACUUGAACCCGAUCGAACAUCUCUGGAGAGACCUGAAAAUAGCUGUGCAGCGACGCUCCCCGUCCAACCUGACAGAGCUUGAGAGGAUCUGCAGAAAAUAAUGUGAGAAACUCCCCAAAUACAGGUGUGCCAAGCUUGUAGCGUCAUAGCCAAGAAUACUCAAGGCUGUAAUCGCUGCCAAAGGUGCUUCAAGAAAGUACUGAGUGAAAAGGGUCUGAAGACUUCUGUAAAUGUAAUAUUUCCAUUUUUAAUUUUUUAUAAAUGUAUAAAUGUUUUACCCAAUAAGUUAUGGGGUAUUGUCUGUAGUUUGAUGAGGGGGAAAAGACAAAAUAAUCUAUUUUAGAAUAAGGCUGUAACGUACCAAAAUGUGGAAAAAGUAAAGGGGUCUGAAUACUUUCCAAAUGCACUGGGAGUGUUGUCAUUCACAAUGGAUGUAAAAAAUAAAAAAACAAAAUAAACAGACUUGGUUGACUUUCUGUGUAAUGAAAAGAAAAUAACAGAAAACAGCAUCAGUAAGUGUCCCACAAGAGUGAUGACUGCUCACCUCCAACGCUUGGAAGGGCACUUUGGGACCUACUUCCCAAUCCGUUGAACUGUGAUCCUGGCUCAGUUGACAUGCUGGUAAGUGAAAUCAAACAGCUGAUUGAGCUGUCAUGUGACCGAAUGCUGCAGACAACGCGUUCACGGGUCACUGAGGAGUUUUGGUUCCUGACUCGAAGGGAAUACCCUACCGUCUCCCUCUGAGCAUUAAUGCUGCUUUCAAAACAACUGGGAACUCGUAAAUCUCCGACUUCCGACUUCAGUGUGUUCAAGACAACUGGGAAUUCUGAAAGAAAUUAGCUCCGACUGGGAUUAUUUUUUUUGAACGGAAUUCCAAAUCGGGAACUCAGGCCUCUUUCUAGAGCUCCGACUUUCCAACCUAAAGAUCACUGACGUCAUAAUUUCACCACAUAUUUUUCAGAGUUCCCAGUUGUCUUGAAAGCACCAUAAACCUGAUGGUAGCCUACCCUUCGCCAGCUCAUAUCUGUGUGACCCUGGAUUCAGUGCUCUUGUCUGCAUUAAAACCAAAUUUCAAUCCAGGUUGGAUCUGACAGCAGAGAUGAGGUGCGUACUGUCGACCACGCCCUCUGACUUUGAGAAGCUCUGACACGACAUUCAUCAAGCACACCCAUCUCAUUAGGGGUGGUGAGAUAAGUGACAUUAUGUCAGACUAAUUUGCAAUCAUAGCCCCACAUUAAAAGUACACUACAUUACCAAAAGCAUGUGGACACCUGCUCGUCGAACAUCUCAUUCCAAAAUCAUGGGCAUUAAUAUGGAGUUGGUCCCCCUUUUGCUGCUAUAACAGCCUCAACUCUUCUGGGAAGGCUUUCCACUAGAUGUUGGAACAUUGCUGAGGGGACUUGCUUCCAUUCAGCCACGAGCAUUAGUGAGGUCGGGCACUGAUGUUGGGCGAUUACGCCUGGCUCGCAGUCUGCGUUCCAAUUCAUCCCAAAGGUGUUCAAGUUCUUCCACACCGAUCUCGACAAACCAUUUCUAUAUGGACCUCGCUAUGUGCAAGGGGGCAUUGUCAUGCUGAAACAGGAAAGGGCCUUCCCCAAACUGUUGCCACAAAGUUGGAAGCACAGAAUCGUCUAGAAUGUAAUUGUAUGCUGUAGCAUAAAGAUUUUCCUUCACUGGAGCUAAGGAGCCUAGCCCGGACCAUGAAAAACAUCCCUAGACCAUUAUUUCUCCUCCACCAAACUUUACAGUUGGCACUAUGCAUUGGGGCAGGUAGCGUUCUCCUGGCACCCCCAAAACCCAGAUUCGUCAGUCGGACUCUGCGACGAGAAGGGGGUCUCUCUCCACCGCUGAGGAGCCUGUUUUGUUUGCCUGUUCUAAAAUAGUGUUUUGUGGUAGAGAGAAGAUAAAGACAAUUAUGUGCCUGUCUGUUUUGGAGGGCAAGGGUUGACUGUUAUUUUUUAGUUUUGGAAUUAGAUUACCUGACAGAGACUGAAUUGGGUUUAUUUGAAUUUAUUUGCCUCUCUUUCACUGCACUAUUUCUGUCCCUCCUUAAAUUGCGUAUGGUACGUUUUGGCUUGACCACAAACUCUUUUUUAUCACAUUGUACUCAGAACAAUUUGUUGAAGAUAUGUAUGUAUGUAUGUGUUCUCACAAAAAAUGUCUCACAAUACCAAGAUAACCCUCAAGGAGUGAGCAAGGUCAAUGUGUAUUUAUACUGAAAUUGUAUGUGUGUGCAUGUUUGCUUCAUAUGUCAAUCAAUCAAAUGUAUUUAUAAAGCCCUUUUUACAUCAGCAGAUGUCACAAAGUGCUAUACAGAAACCCAGCCUAAAACCCCAAACAGCAAGCAAUGCAGAUGUAGAAGCACGGUGGCUAGGAAAAACUCCCUAGAAAGGAAGAAACCUAGAGGAACAAGGCUCUGAGGGGUGGCCAGUCCCCUUCUGGCUGUGCCUGGUGGAGAUUAUAACAGUACGUGGCCAUUAAGGCCAGAUUUCUCUCCAAGAUGUUCAAACAUUCAUAGAUGACCAGCAGGGUCAAAUAAUAAUCACAGUGGUCACAUGUCAGUACAUCAGGAGUAAAUGUCACUUGGCUUUUCAUAGCCGGGCAUUUAGAGGUUGAAAUAGCAGGUGUGGUAGAGAGAGAGAGUUGAAAACAGCAGGUCUGGGACAAGGUAGCACGUCCUGUGAACAGGUCAGGGUUCCAUAGCCGCAGGCAGAAGAGUUGAAACUGGAGCAGCAGCACGACCAGGUGGACUGGGGACAGCAAGGAGUCAUCAGUCCAGGUAGUCCUUAGGCAUGGUCCUAGGGCUCAGAUCCUCCGGGAGGGUAGGGAGAGCGAGAUAAUUAGAGGGAGCAUGCUUAAAUUCACACAGGAUAAGACAGGAGAAUAACACCAGAUAUAACAGACUGACUCUAGCCCCCCGGCACAUAGACUAUUGCAGCAUAGAUACUGGAGGCUGAGACAGGGGGGAAACCCAUGUGCGUGAAACAUGCAUUCAUUUCCCUGUUUGAGUUCCUGUCUUUGGGAGCCCAUCCAGAAUCUGAGGAAAAAACAUCAGCUGGUUUGAGUUAGUGAGUUUGGAAAGUUGUGACUUUGAUUAACUGAUCCUGUUAUAGAGACCAUGCAGGGUUGUGUGUGUUUGUGCGUGUGUGUUUGUGCAUGCGUUUCUGUGUGUGUGUGUUUGCGUGUGUGUUUGCACCUGUGUGUGCGCGCGUGUGUGUUUGCAUGUGUGUGAGUUUGCACGUGUGUGUUUGUGUGCUCACGUGCAUGUGCGGGGGUGUGUGUAGGUCCAUGGAGCCGUUGCUUGUCUCCCUGAUUAUCGGUAGCAUCAUGUAGUGGAGUUAUGUUUCCUCAGAUGUCCGGCCAGUAGAAGGGUUUAUGACCCUAGGCUAACUAAGGCCUUCUCAAGAAGCAAAAGACAUACAGCUUUCCCUAGGUUGUUUUUAGUUGUUACUCUCUUAGCGUUUGUCUACUGAUUUAAAUGUGACAGAGAAAGACCUUUAAAGGUAGACUCAGCAAUAUGACGUAGAUGCAGAAAGUAAACAGCAUAGUGGUACAUUUCCGCAACAACUAAAAGCAUUGAAGCGCGAGGCUCAACUUCUCCGCUGUUUUGGUGCCCUGGCUACCACGCUGUGACAGUGUGAAAGCGAACCCGUGCACAAGCGUAGACACUGUGUGUGACUGUGCUUUAAGGUUUUAGUUUCGUACCUUUCAACCUUUUGAGACUAAACGUCUGUUUCCCAUAGGUCCUUGCUGAAUACUGUCCUGUGUCUUCUGUCCUCCCAGACCCCCAUAGUGGAGAAGAUUAGGAUGAUAGCCCAGAAGGUGUACGGGGCUGAUGACAUCGAGCUGUCUCCAGAGGCCCAGGCCAAGAUAGACUAUUACAACCAGCAGGUGAGGUCACCAUACCAACCAGUAUGAGUUAGCUACACAUGAUAUAUUGAUGCUUUUACAUAGUUACUUUCUCAUGCACAAACACACAUUAACACACACACUGAAUUAAUUAAGUUGUCUAAUUAUGUUCCUGCGCUCCUGCCCGCAGGGUUAUGAGAAGCUUCCAAUCUGCAUGGCCAAGACCCACCUGUCCUUGUCACACUUGCCUGAGAAGAAGGGCACGCCCACCGGCUUCACCCUGCCAAUCAGAGACAUCCGCGCCAGCAUCGGAGCGGGAUUCAUCUACCCAUUGGUGGGAACGGUGAGUGGUCUGGAUUCUGGAAGCACAGAGACUGAGGCCCUAUUAGUCUCCAUAGGGAUUUAA